AGAACAAACGCAAUACCCAGAAGAAGAUGACACCGGCACAAUUACGAGCUGUAACAUGCGCCGUGAGUGUUACAAUACUAACCUACGCACUCACAUUCUCUUCAGCUUCACCUCUUCACGUUGAUGACGCCUCACUAAACCCUACAAUACUCCAAGUCACAGACGAUUCCAGUUCCAUCCUCUCCAGAAACGCUCUUCUGGGUACUGCUACAGAGCAGAAUUUCAAGUCAUUCAUCCAAAAAUAUGGGAAAAGCUACUCUACGAGGGAGGAGUACGUGCACCGCUUGGGGGUUUUCGCGAAGAACGUGAUGAAGGCGGCUGAGCAUCAGCUGCUUGAUCCCACGGCGGUGCAUGGCGUGACGCCUUUCUCCGAUCUGUCUGAGGAGGAGUUUGAGAGGUUUUACACUGGGAUGAGAGGUGGACCGGCGGUGAUGAACGGUGCAGAUGACGUGAAGGGUGGGAUAAUGAUGGAAAAUUUGGAGGUGGAUGAUUUGCCUAAGAGUUUUGAUUGGAGAGAAAAGGGAGCUGUUACUGAGGUCAAGAUGCAGGGUACAUGUGGAUCAUGCUGGGCUUUUAGCACUACAGGAGUUGAAGGAGCCAACUUUAUCGCAACCGGGAAGCUUCUGAAUCUUAGUGAGCAGCAGCUUGUCGAUUGCGACCACAUGUGUGAUGCAAAGCAACAGAGUGAAUGUGACAGUGGUUGCUAUGGAGGCCUUAUGACAAAUGCCUACAAAUAUUUGAUCGAUGCCGGAGGACUACAGGAAGAAAGUUCAUACCCUUAUACUGGAAAAAAUGGUGAAUGCAAGUUUAAUUCAGAUAAAGUAGCUGUUAGAGUUAUAAAUUUUACCAAUAUUCCCAUCGACGAGAACCAAAUCGCUGCACAUUUAGUUCAUCAUGGCCCUCUAGCAAUUGGGUUGAAUGCUUUGUUCAUGCAAACUUACAUUGGGGGUGUCUCGUGUCCGCUCAUCUGUGGCAAGCGAUGGAUCAACCACGGCGUUCUCCUUGUCGGAUAUGGAGCCCAUGGGUUCUCCAUUCUAAGACUUGGCAAUCAGCCAUACUGGAUCAUCAAGAAUUCAUGGGGAAAGCACUGGGGAGAAAAUGGGUACUACCGGCUUUGCCGAGGCCACGGUAUGUGUGGAAUGAACACCAUGGUUUCUGCAGUAGUCACUCAAAUCUCCUAAAUGUAGUCGUUUUAUAAUGUUGUUCUAUUUCAAAUGAUAAUACAGGUAUCAAUAUAGACAUGCAUCUUAUAUAUUA